AUGUCGUGUCCUUUGAACAAUAUGGCUUUCUCCAUGAAGCCAUCCACUCGUCCCGAUCCAUCGAUUGGUACAUUAUUUAGUCUUUACGAUGAAAAUUUUACAUGGACUGAACAGCACAUCCCACCAUCUGAACUAAAUCAAUGGCGAAAAGAAGGUGAUCUCCUCAUUGAUGAAUUUUAUAAUUCAUAUGGCAAAGAACUUGACAAUGGUAUGGAUAUGUAUAAUUUUAUUUAG